AUGCAAGAAAUAAACAUUGAUUCCUAUGGAUUAUGUUUAAACAAUCGGCAAGGUCUUACAGCUCGUUUGGUUAAUAAUACAGAUACAUAUAAAAAAUAUAAAUUUGUUAUUGCUAUUGAAAAUUCUAAUUGUAUUGAUUAUAUAACUGAAAAAUUAAUUAAAGUUGUCGCAUCUGGUUCUAUUCCUAUUGUUGCUGGUAUUAAUGGUCGACCAGAUUAUCGACGUUUUAUGCCUGAACAUUCAUAUAUUAAUAUAUAUGAUUACACAUCAGUAAAAGCUCUUGCAAAUGAUCUUAAACGUAUUGCAAAUAAUAAAACAUUAUAUGAAUCUUAUUUAUGGUAUAAAAAACAUAAUAAAAAUAUUACACAAUUAAGUACACUUACACUGGACGAAAAAAUAAAACAAUUCGCUGAUGUUAUUGGUUCAAAUGCAAUACUGAUUAAAAAUGGUAUUAUAAGAAAAGAAAAAAGUGACGAUAAAAUUUGUAAACUUAUACGUUUUAUUCGUCAAACACCAUGGCAACAUAUUGCUACACAUCAUGGAAAGCAAAGAAGGGGUCCUGGUUUUGCUUGUCUAGCAAGAGACCAUUUAUCUACUUAUUUUGAUUCAUUGUCUUCUAAUAGCAGUCAGACAACAAAGCAUUUAGUUGCUCGUUGA